UGAGAGCGCGCGCACGGGAGGUGGCGGGGGGUUGUGCUCGCUCCUGCUCUCUCUGCUCUCUGACCCCAGUGGCAGCUCCGUCUCACUGCACUCCGGCUCACCCUCCGUCAGACCGAGGCUGCUCUCUCUCUCUCUCUCUCUCUCUCUCUCUCUUUCUCUCUCUUUCUCUCUCCUGUUGUCUGUCAGUGUCUCUCGCCCUCCUCCCCGGCUCUCUCCCCUUCGCUCUCUUGUCUGGUUUCUUUCCACAGGAGCCAGCCGAGGUCCCGCCGGGUCGAAGGUUCUGCCCUAUCCGCCCAGACUGCCGCAACCCCCGGACUGCCGUUCACCACCUACCCGCUCUCUUGCUGCUGCCGCAUGGACCCGCGUCCCUCCACCGCUGCUGUCGCCGCCGCGUAGAGGGCGACCCCGACCCGACACUCUUUCUCCGGCCAGAUAAAAAAACGCACAAAAAAAACCCACACGACGAAGACUGCAGCGUGUCGUGGUCCAGUCGGUCUGCUUGGUCUGCUGCUGGGAGACUUCCUGGGCUUCUUGAGCAGCUCUGAAGGAUGACCGCUGCACGGCUCGCUGCUGAAUCCCGGUGAACGAACGGCGUCUCAUGUCCAAACGGCGGAAGGAUGGCUCAUGGCAAAGUGACCAUCGCGGUGGACGAGUACAGCUCCAACCCCACACAGGCCUUCACACACUACAACAUCAACCAGAGCCGCUUCCAACCUCCACAUGUCCACAUGGUGGACCCCAUUCCUUAUGACACUCCCAAGCCAUCAGGACACACCAGGUUUGUGUGUGUGUCAGACACACACUCUCGUACAGAUGGCAUCCAGAUGCCCUACGGCGACGUGCUGCUGCACAUGGGUGACUUCACCGAGCUGGGCCUGCCCUCCGAGGUUAAGAAGUUCAACGACUGGCUAGGUGGCCUCCCGUACGAGUUUAAGGUGGUAAUCGCCGGCAACCACGAGCUGACCUUCGAUAAGGACUUUAUGGCCGAGCUGGUCAAGCAGGAUUACUACCGAUUCCCCUCAGUGUCCAAACUCAAACCAGAGGACUUUGACAAUGUCCAGACGCUCCUCUCAAACUGUGUGUACCUGCAGGACUCGGACGUCACUAUAAAGGGAUUCCGGAUAUACGGGGCGCCGUGGACUCCGUGGUUUAACGGCUGGGGGUUCAACCUACCUCGGGGUCAGUCUCUGCUGGAUAAAUGGAACCUCGUCCCUGAAGGCAUCGACAUCCUGAUGACCCACGGACCUCCGCUAGGUUUCCGAGACUGGGUUCCUAAGGAGCUGCAGCGGGUCGGCUGUGUGGAGCUGCUCAACACGGUCCAGAAGAGGGUGCGACCCAAACUUCAUGCCUUCGGAGGCAUUCACGAAGGCUACGGGAUCAUGACAGACGGCUUCACGUCGUUCAUCAACGCGUCGACCUGCACCGUCAGCUUCCAGCCCACGAACCCCCCCAUCGUGUUCGACCUGCCCAACCCCUCCAGCUCCUGAGACCAGAGGGCGGGGGCGGGGAGGGUCACGGGCACUAUAAACAACUUUUUUUCUAUAAAUAUGUCAAGUUAAAAAAAAAAAAUUCUAAGUGUUUCUUUGCAAGCUUUUGGUCUUCUCCAAGCUGUUGUUGAGAUUGAGAAGAUUUGGAGACGUGGGUCGGGGUGGGGAGUUUGUCUGGGAGGGUUAAAGGAGAAUACCGGUGUGCGUUUUAUUGUUUUUUUCUAAUUGUGCCAACAAUGCUGGUUUCCCUGUCGGAGUUUAGUUUUUCUUCCCACGGUCAGCGUGUUCUAGAUAUCAGCGCUGGUUUUCCUCCAGAAGAACAAGAAUGUUUCUCAUUCAGUCUUUUUUAUCACCACUACUCAACGCUCCACUUCCUGUUAAUCGCCUCAAAGCUACAGAAGGAAAUGGAAACAUCAUCCAGGAAAUAAUCUCUACUAAAUACGUUGCCUUAGUCGAGAGCGAUGAUUUAAGGCAAUUUUGUUUUCUGGAUCAUGACAUCAUGAAGUUAUUUUCUACAUAACCAGGUAAUUUUCUGGAGAUCACAAAUCAAUAUUUUUCAAUUAGCUUGUUAUGUAGAAAAUCACAAAGAUUUCAUGAUCACAGGACAUAGGAAAUAUUUACAUUCUUGUCCUCUCUGGUUCCAUAACAUCUGCAUGUCUUCGUUAAUUUGGAAAAUUUGUAUAGAAAAUAAAUAAGAAACUGAUCAAAUCUACAUGUUUGUAACGACGAAUGAAUUUGGGCGGAAGGUGAAACCGGUAUUCUCCUUUUUCAGAGGGAUUUUGUGGUUAAACAAUCUUGCUCUUGAUAAAUAUUGGUCAGAUCUGUAAGAUAAAUGAUGCUUUGUGAAUUUGUACAAUUUCUUUGUUUGGUUUGCAUUGGCCGGACAAUGGAUGCCAUUGUUUUAUGUUGUAUCAUCUGAUAUUUUGUGUUUAGAUCUUCUUCUUUCUUUCUCUCGUCAGUUCCUCUUUUCUUAUUGGCUGACGGGGACGCUGCCUUAAACUAGCUUUAAUGUUCUCAGCUAGAGCCCCACUCUCUGCGAGCUCGGAGAAAAGUCCUUAUUUAUUACCCCGCAAAGCAACACCUGACUAACGCAGGGACAGAAAGCUAUCAAAUUACAGCCCCGAAAAAUUAACUUUGUAACAUCGCGUUACGGAUUUCUGAUCUAAUUUGGAAAAUGUAUGUAUAAAAUAUAUAUAUAUAUUAUAUAUUCAUGUUGUAAAACAUCUGUACUAAAAGUUGUGUUUGAUGGAAAAAAAGAAAAUCUGGUGCAUUUUUUCUGUAUGCACCUGUAUAAUUGACAUGUUUCUUUAAUGCUCCCAUCAGACGCUCUUCAGACGUUUCUUUAAUGUUUUUUGUAUCGACUCUCCCAGUAGGGUAGACAUUCAUUUUGGAUGAGAGAGGAAAAUGUGUCAGAGUCACAAUCCAACAGGUGCUGGUUGCUCCCAACAACACACCUGCCUAAACCUGGUGAAGUUGUCCUUUUAAAGUGUAAAUCUGAUCGUAUUUGUGUUUUUAUUGCUUUCUUUUUUCUAAUUUUGCACUGUGUGUAAAUGCAAUCUUGCUAGCACAAAAAAAUGUUGCCAAUAGUUGUCACAACUUUGCCGCUGUAAAUGCUCUUUCCGUGCUCUGUUCCUCUCUCGCUCUUUCUCUGAUUGUAUCCCUCUUCAUGGAAAUGUUAGUUCUCUCUUUCAGUUCAUUGUGAUAUAUUUAGCUGCCUUUAUAUGCAAAUAAAAUUGCAAGAUUUUUACUUAUCAAA